AUGACGGACGAGCCGGUGAAAGUUGUGAACAAAUGGGACGGUCCAACAGUGAAGAAUGCCCUUGAUGAAGUCGUCAAAAAGAUUCUGAACGACAAAGUCGGAUGGACGGAAUCGCAUAAUCUAAUGAAUCUGCGUCUUCUCAUCUCAUUCAUCGGCGUCGCGUUCUCCGCGUUCGCCUGCGGCUACGACUACUACGAGCCGUUCCCAAAGUCGAAAAUCGUGCUCGCCGUGUGCUCGGUUUCCUACUUCAUAUGCAUGGGAAUUCUUCAAAUGUAUCAGUGGUACGUCGAGAAGGACUGCAUCUACGAGGCCACCGAAGUCGACGGAAAACAAUCGAGAAAAUGGGCGUGGAGCUCGGAGAUCAAGGCUCACGACGAUAAGUACACGCUGUCGGCCGAGUUUAAGAAGGAAGGACGCUCUGGACAGGGAAAAAUCACGAAAUCUAUCGGAGCUUAUAUCGAUAACGAUGGAGAGAUCAUCGUGCCACUUGUGAAGAAGGAGGUCGACGACUUGUACAACCGCUUGAUUCGUAGCGAACAAUAAUUUAUUUAAUUUAUCUGGUUUUCUUGGCCUAAUUUAUUUCCCCUUUUCUUCGCUUUUCAUGGGUGCCCCUUUCUCUCUCCAUCUAUCCUGUUUCUUGUCUGUCAAAAGCUAAUAUUUCCAGCAUUUUAUACAAUAUGAACUUGUCAAUUUCGGUAA